AUGGCGUUGGAGCGCGUGAGGGCCGUAAGAGAGGACGACAAAGAAGGGCAGCAAAGGUUGGAGGUGGAGUGGGUGGAGAUGGUCAAAGGGAUCGAAGACGAGAAGAGGCUGGCGGGUACGUUGGUUCUAUAUCAGCUACCAUACUCGACAUAUUUCAUGAUUGUGUCGGGACAGUCGGUGGACCUGUCGUUCAGGUACAGCAUCCUGAAGACGUGCAUCGGGUUCAUCGGGGUCAAUGUCGGCAUGUGCUUGAUGCACUUUGUCAUGGGUCGGCGAGUGCUGAGGACGACGGGAGCGAUGGUGCAGGGCAUGUUCAUGUUGGGCAUGGCCAUCUCGGCGACGACGACGGAGGCGGGAACGAGGAGGGCGAGGGAUAGUCUGAUGGCGUGCAGUGCCCUGUUCAACUUUGCGUAUAGUGCCUUUGUGGGCAUCGCGAGUUACCCGGUGGCGACGGAGCUAGUGUGCACAAGGCUGCGGUCGUACACGGUCGGGGCGGCCAUCAGCCUGGGCUAUUUGCUGGCGUGGCUGACGUCCUUCUGCUCGCCCUACUUUAUCAACCCGGAGCACAUGAACUGGGGAGCAACGUACGGGUUCACCUGGGCCGACUCCAGUUUCUGCUGUGCCCUGUUCUUCUUUUGCUGUCUCCCGGAGCUGAAGGCUACGCCAUCAGGGAGGUUCGAAGACGGAGGGGGGAGGAAGGAUGGAGAGGACGGUGGCAAGGCGGCGACGGUCGAGAUUGUCGAGGAGCGCGAGAAGGAGGUGUGA